CACCCAUUGCGUCGUGUGAUUCACAACCCACUGAAUAUCCUUUCCCUACCUAAUAGUUAGAGCAUGUAUCUGGAAGACGGCUAAUUUCCUCAUAUAGAAUAUGGCUGAAGCUCGAGAAGUUGCAUUACCUGGUGGAUACGAUGACGAGUUUGUGAAUUCAGUCGACGAAGACUUGCACUGUUCAAUCUGUCAUCUGCCACUGAAAGAGGCCGUACAGACGGGAAAGUGUGGGCAUAGAUUUUGUAGGCAGUGCCUUGAUGAACACUUCAGGAGGUUGGUGGUUCUAUUAAUUGUUUGAGUUGUAUUAUCAUGCCUGUGUCAUCAGAUAGUUAGUCUAGCUAGAGGUUAUUUACUGGCUUCGAGAGAGUGUUCAUGCUUCUGGAAGCAUGACGUAGCGAAGCAAUGCCGAAGUUGCCAGCUACGUGACUCGUCGACAGAGACUUUGAUUUUGUAAGAAAGGGAGGUUAUUAGCCCUGACUAACUGAAAUCGCUUGUCAUUGCUGUCGAUCUUAAAAUUACAGUCUCUCUUAACUUUUUUAAGGCUAAUAAAGCGCAAGUACGAUGCACUCUAAUAAAAAUAAUAAUAAUUUAUAUAGCGCUAUUCAGCUACUCUAAGAAAGAACAACUUCCUGCAUUAAUUAUCCGAGCUACUCCAUCGACUGCAAAUUCGCUAAGUUCUCUUAUGUUGAGCGAACAAACAUGGGAGCUGUGCAAAGUUUUAACACAUAGCAUAAAAAGAAAAUAACUUCCACUUGAAAGAUUUUAGUUCAGGGCUCUUAUCAGUAUUAAAAAAAGGUGGCUCAAUUCUCAGAAUCGAGCCUGAGCGGCGAGUUCUGCUUCAUGUUAAAGGGACUGGUUCACGAUAAUGCGCAUGCGCGCCGUUUGUCUCUUCAGAAUAAAUUUGUUGGGUCAACACUAAAUUCGAAAUCGCCAUUACCGGUACAAUCAUUGACAAUCCUUCGCUUUAUUCGGACAUCCGUCGCUUUGGCUGGUCUAGUUAUACUUCGGUAGUGGUGAUUAACGUGUGGUUGUGUCGUUUGACUGGUUACGUUUUAAGAAGACGCAAAAAAUAAUGUUUUUAUCAUGGAGGUUCAGAAGAGCCCGGGGGUACUCCCAUACAUUACCUAUACGGGUAUGUGCCGCCCAAAGGGGUCGUGAUUUUGAAGCUCCUGAUUUAGAACGGGGUAUCCAUUUCAGACGCGUUUUAUAGAACGGGGUAUAAUAUUUCGAACGCACAAAAGCUCCUCUUUUGUAAGCAGCUGAUUUGAAAUUAUUCAAGGACAGAUUGCUUUUAAAAAUACGGUGCAAUGCGUUAACAAGCAAACUGUUGUACUCUUCAGUUGCACCCUAGAACGGAAUAUAAAAAGUUGGCCCAUUUCUAGAACGGGUAUCAGUUUUAGGGCGAAUUCUAGAACGGGGUAUAAAAAAUUGGCCCACUUCUAGAACGGGGCAUCAAUUUUAGGGGAAAUGUUUUUUAGAACGGGGUGCCAAUUUGGAGUCCCGGGCGGCACAUACCCACCCAAAAAAUACCUAAAUGCCCCCAGGAGAAGAGCAUCGUGGCCGUCCGGCAACAGGACGUUCUCAAGAGGCUCUGGAGAUAGAGAAGCUUAGCCUAUGGAUCUGGUAUGGUUCUAGGAGUAGUGUGUGGCAUACGAAAAGAAUUCACGACACUUGGAACAACUUUGAUUCGAUUUUUGACUCCGACUUGUAGUUAUACCGCAACAGGCCGCGCGAUCUUCACCGAUCUGGUACACUUGAAAUGUUCCUUGUAUCUUUGCUUUGCGAUCGUAUAUGUUUAAGAAUUGAUGUUUUUAAAAUAAAUUAUUGCCUGAAUAUUCUGUUCAUAAUCUAGUUUCUUUAUGUGUGCUACUCGAUAACACUUGUUUUGCGAAACACUGACCCGAUGCAACGCGAAUGAAUUUGUUCAUUUGCUGAUAAGCAAUUGAAAUUAAUGCUCAGUUAAGGAUAAACUUUAUACUCAUACGUUGUGUGUUUUUGCCACCGGUCAGGCGCUAUUUGUAGGUAUUUCUGGGUUUAUUCAAGGCGAACUGAGAGAACAGUAAUAAGAUGUUUGUUUACAAAUUUUGUUUGCCGAUCGGUGACUGCUUUGUUAGCGUGGGUACGACCUCGUAAAAAUACACGUUGGUAAAUGUUUGUUUCAAAGCAGGACAGGGCUGUAAAUCUUAUUCUUAUCGGCUGCAACAUAUAUCUGAGGAGUAGCAAAGAAUAAACUUGAAUUAUGGGGAUAAAUAAAAUCAAACCAAAUGCCCGGAAAUACUCUCGCGUCGCGAACAAUUAACUUGAAUUUUGUAGUUUUACUUGCGUGCAUCUAACUCGCUUCCGAUUGGUUGAAAAACAAUCAGCUACUGUCAGAACUCACACAUGCGCAUUAUCGUGAACCAGUCCCUUUACUAGGUUGUAGGCUCGAUUACCAGCCGCUGUUCGGGAAAAUGAGCCCGCACUCAUCCCCCGGGGAGGAUCAAAGACCGGACCCGGGAGACGGCGGAAAUCGAGCCUAACUAGGUUGCUAACUGACUAACCAGUGGUCAACUGAAACAACAUAGGUUGUUUUCUUUUUUUAGUUGCUACACAAGGCGUUUUUUCAAAGCAUGAGUCCUUAUAGUGUAACUUGUUGGCAUUUUGUUUUCACUUAGUCCGCCGCCAUUGUUUUUCGCGUUCCCCACGGUAGACAUGCACGGUGUAUACUUAUGAGAGUCUUCUGAGGAAAAAAAGUCUAAAAACGAACUUAAUUGACCCUUUUGUCACGAUUUGUAAAUUGAAGAAAGUUUGACUACUACCGGCUGGUGAUGAGUUGAAAUGGAGUGCAAUGAUUUUACAGUGGAACCUCGAUAUAACAAACCUCUAUAUAGCCUAAGUCCUCGAUAUAACGAACGAUACUUUUUGCCCCAGUAAUGGCAAAAUAUAUGAAAAAGAACCUCCAUAAAACGAAACCUCGUUAAAGCGAACAAAUUUUUCCACACCCUUGGCCCUUCGUUAUAUAUCGAAGUUCCACUCCACAUAAUUAUGUCCUUGUUUUGGUAGAAACGUAAAGUUUAAAUUCAUAAUACUGGCCAGCAGUGGAGCCAGUCUACUUCUCUCUCAAUCGAAGUUCAGCCUGUACACCAUGGACAACAUCCCUUACUGAAGUCUUACUGCAGUCCUGCAAGGUUUCAUGCUUGUUUUCAAUAUACCGUCAAUAUAUUCUCUCCUUUUCAUUUCGAUAGGUUGGAGGUCCUCAGAGAACCGUUAAAUUGUCCUGUAGAGCGGAACACCCUAAUACGAGAUAAAGUAGGUGAUCUCUGACACUGCCGGUCGUCUCACCGGGCUGGCCAGGAGCGGUUCCUGAGCCUGCUUACUCUUUUAGUAUUUUCUACUCACUGACUAAUACUAAAAUUUGUAAUUAGCCAAAGCUGACCUGACACUGCUAUUAGACCGAGUUUGUCUAAUGGUCGUGGGUCGUGGGUCGUGGGUACAAGUCGUGGGUCGUGGGUGUGGGUAAUGAUUAAAAACUAAUUUUUAAUCAUCAAUAAUUAAUUUUUAAUCAUCAAUAAUUUUUGUUAAACUACUCGAUGACUAAUAACGUAAAACAAACAUAACACAAUGUAUGAAAAUGGGUGGGGUUAGGUAAAGGCAGGAACCCAUUGGAGCUAUUUUCAGGACUGGUGUAAUCUCUUGAUAAUAUUUUGAGAAAAUUUGUUUGGUCAAACGCUUGAACAACACGCACAUAAGUUAACUUAAUGCUAAAAAGAGCAAAUCGGAAAAUUAAGGAAGCCGGGAUCAGUUCCAUAUAAGAGUAAUCAAUCAUUAUUUAUCUGAAUAAGCAAUACGAUGAGCUACGAUGCUUACCUUUGAAUUGAUCCCAAUUAGUAGACUCAAAAGAGAACACUACAGCUAUAAAAUAAAACCCGGGAAGGGUGGGGAGGGUAAAACAAGCGAGGAGAGGCCGCAAAUGACCUUUGAGAUGACGCUGAACUCUGUAUAACCGAGAAGAAACCUGACGCGGGUGCCAAAAGACAAGAAACACAAAAGGGGGAUGUGUCCCAAAUUUUAAGUGUUUUGACAAAGCCAAAACCACCAAUCUAUAACAAUUUCAAAAUCCUUCUUCCCAGUCGUUUCCUAGCUGUUACGGGAAUCAAAAAUAAAGCGAAUCAAAAAAUAAAUGAUUUCCUUAAAAAAGUUUCAAUUUUUUGAAAUGAUUCAUUUGUUUUCUGGAAAAGACUAGACACGGCAGAAUUUGAAUUUCUUCACUUUUUCGGAUAUUUAAGGGGAGAGCUAGCUUCUUCGUAUAACUUACAAUAUGAGUAAACUUCCCCGGUACCGAGACACUCCAUUCUCAUUGUUGUUCGCGCUUUUUAGUGACGUUCUUCCGUUGUUAGUGAAAUAAGUUUAGCUUUCGCACGAUCCUUUGAAAGCGUUUUUGACCAGUUUAUGGUGGAGACAAAGUUUGACAGCUUUCCUAUGUCAACUUUAUAUUUGAAGACAAAAGUUAGUUCAACGUAAUUUCUCUUUCUUUUCGAUUGCUCCUGUACCCACCGCCACCCCCCUGCGCUGGCGGUCGAUGAUCUCUGGUAAAGUAACAGAGUAGGGGAAGUGUUGUAUAAUUUUCAUACAUCGUGUUAUGUUAUGUUAUCGAGUACUUUAAAAAAAUCCAAAACUUGUAAUAUUGUAAAUUAUUAAUUUUGACCAAAAAUUAGUAACAUUGUUAUUUAAUAAUGAUUAAAAAUUAAUUUUUAGUCACUACCCACACCACACCCACGACCCACGACCAUUAGACAAACUUUAUUAGACCUAUUAGUUUAGUGCGUAUCUGUAGGGCAGGAUAGUAUUUAUUUUAUAGACAAUUCAUUUCUGCGAAGAAAGAGGGAGGAAUGAUUUUUUCAUGUGGAUUUCUAAUAUUUACAUCAACAACUUACAUAAAACAUACAUAAAACAUACACACUAUUUACCGGGGGGCGAGGGGGGGGGUGCUGCUACUUACAUUUAUCAAAAGCUAUUUGAGGCAGGCUGUGUGGGGUCGCUACAUACGUGAACUGAUACAUUUUAAGACAACAUAACAAGGGAAAUUUAAGAGAUUUACGACACGAAGGAAAAGAGGUAACUUAAGAAUGAUAAUACUAAUGAAUAAGUCUGUAAAGAAGUAAAUAAAUAAAAGUUACAAUACAUUGGAUUAACAUUUUCUUUUUUUCAUUCAUUAAUAUAAAAGCUUUCUAAAUCAGCAUAACUAUCCUGACUUUGAACAUUGAAGAUCGAGUAGUAAUAGAUUGUGUAUUUGUUUCUUAAAAGCACGCUCUAAGAGUUUUCUCAAAUUCUCAGAGAUACUGUUCCAAAUUUUAGCCCCUAGGUUAAAAAGAGUUUUUCUGAUGAUUGCAACUGGUUUUUUUUGCGAGUCUCUUUGCAUUUUUUUAUUUUAACACCAUUCCAUUCAUCCAUUGUCUGUUCAGGAUCUGCUUAGAGUCUAAAAAGCCAUUACAUAUUCUCCACUGCUCCUUGUCAGUAUAAUUUGCAUGAUGUUUUGCCAAUUGCGGACCUAGGAAAAUUUAGCCUUUUAAACAAUUAUAGGUUAUUUUCAUUGAUGGUGACUCACCCCACUUAACCUUGUCGCAAAAGUCGUCAUCUUUAUUUAUAGGCGAAUAAUGUAAAAGCCGCUUCAUUUAGCCUUCAAAAGCUCAUUAAUAAUUCAUAAAGAAAAAAACAGAAGAAAUGAAUGUUUAAUGUUUAAUGAAUGUUUAAGUAAUGGUCCAGAUAAGAAGGAAAGGACCAAAACGCAGUGAACACGUCGGAAUGCAAAAAGGUGCUAACUUUACUAUUGUCUCUACUAAGGUUCUGAUUGGUUUAAACAUCAAAUUUUACCAAAUCUUCGCAAAGCAGCGUGUACAUUAAUCCCUUUUUUUCUAUCCACCUUCCUUAUAACAAAAUCUCGUCCGAGUCUAAGUAACACAGAAAUCGUAUGUGCGGAUCAUGUAAAAUUGUGAACAUUUCUUGGCCAUUGUUUGCAGCUCUUGUGAUUGGUCGAAAUGUUUUAACACAAAAAUACACCCUUUAAAGUGGAGUUUAAAUACAUUUUCUUUCGUAAACAGCCUUUUUGUAAAUUUAUGCACUCACUGCGUAAAAAUGAAAACAUUUCUAUGUGAGGAAAGCGUAUUGCGCCACAACAAAAGAAAUUGCUUCCCUUCUUACCUGGAUCAUUACUUAAUUUAUAUCUGAUAAAGAUACGCACCCCCAAAUUGUGCAGGUAAGAGAUCUUUCAAACCACACCCAAAUGUGUGUUAUUCAGUGGAAAAGGCCAGAGAAAAUGCAAAGAAUCAGUCCAAUGUAACUCUGACUGGAAUAUCCGAAUGAACAUCCUUUCAACUACCUUCCAUCGUCGGUGUAGUGUAUCGGGAAUUUGUAUAUCAAACUAGACGCAGAAUCACGGCUGAGAACUCAACGCAAUUUAAACAACAUGUCCGCAAGCACAUGGCAAGAAGAUGCGCAAUGUGCAUGCGUGAAGUGCGUAAAGAUUCAUGGGAUAUGACAGUCGGGGAAGCCUUUCCCUUUGAAAUGAAACCUGUUUGUAUAAUGAGGAAAGAGGAGAAUGGAAAUCCUGUUAUUUGGCGUCAGGAGCAAGUGUUAGAAGUGCAGUGCUCGAUUUGUAGAUAGGGUUUUUGGUAGCUUCGCUCCUCUUUGGUCAGAUGCCGACCAUAAAAUUUGCUUGACUACACAAAAUCUCCCAGAGGGUGAAUGGGUUAAAAAACCAAGCACGUAGUAUAUUUAUGUGAGCAAACAAACAAAUAAAUGGACAAAGGUUAGUUUAACUCUUUACUUUUUAGGACAUUUUCCCUGACAAGGCAACCGAAAGAAAGAUACUUUCCUUCAUCAUCAAGUGUCCUAGCAACGGUUGCCAGUGGACUGGUGAAUUGAGGUCAAAAACUGUAAGUGGCGCAACUCUAUGUUGUUCUUACCACCGUGAUUUACCGGUAAACCUCAUGUAAGAAAAUGAAUAGAAUUGUUGGUCUGUCACAGUGUAACACGUGCAGAAGUCACGCCUUCAAGACUUGUGUAUGAUCAGUUGUUGUAUUUAACUAUAGAAUAAUACUUUCAACUUAAGAUAUAGAUGUUAGAGAGGAAAAUGCAUCAUUUCGUGCAUAAACUUGUUAGGUUCUAGAAACUGUCAAAUGACUCAAAUAUGCAAACUGAUAAGGAAAAACCAUCCUUUUGAUCAACUAGUUUUUACUAUGAUGAGAGAUGGGGAGCUGAUAUUUUAUAAAUUGACAGUUUAUCUUUCUUGAAUCAGCUAAAUCAGCACUUUAUUGCUCGGACAUCUUGUCCUCAACUUGACAUUGGUUUUCGUUUAUGAUUGAUUUUUACCUUUAGAGUUAAUUGCAAGUUAAUGAGCAAAUCUUAUAUAAUCACAUAAGCUAAAAGGGGUGGAGUAUAAAGGUAGAGAAAUUCUGUGAUUAAUCGGAGAAAGGAGCUGGAGAGGACGGAGAAAGAAAAACGGAGAGAGAAAGUAAAGGCGGGUGAAAGAAAAGGAAAAGAGAGUCGGGGAAAGAGAAGUCAGUGAAACUAAGCAAGACGAAGAGAAGAAGAGAAGAAAAGAGAAGGAAAGAGUUAAGAAGUAAGAGAUAAAGCUAGUACGAAAUUAAUGUAAGGAAGGUGUAAGUCUAUUACUUCUGAAUUAUUUGUCUUUGUCCUUCUGCGAGUUCUCAUCACUCCCACUUCACACUGUCGGAGCACGUCCCCCGUUACAAAUAAGUAGGUUGAAUACGACUGAGUCCGGGAGAGUGUAGCAUACAUUAGAAUAGCAUAGUCAGUAGGGUAAGUUAAUGGUAUUUAAAUAUAAUUGGUUACAAUAGCUAACAACAAACAACUUACUUGGGCAUGAUGAUAGACAUGAUAGUUUUCUGCCGUGUCCAAGAACUAAACUGUCAACACAUGAACACUAACCUAUAAUUUUCUUUUCAAAAAAAGGACCACUUAACGUCAUGUCCCCGUAAAAUUGUGCCCUGCACGAACAAAAACUGCUCUGAGACGAUGACAAGGGACAAGCUACAGAAACACGUGACCACCACGUGUCCAUGGAGGAUUCUUCGUUGCACUCACUGCAGUGAAUCACAUCCGGAGUGUAAAACUGAGGUAAGAAUUUUGAUUAAUUGCCCUGAUUUUGCUUUGCUUGUAGGGGAAUCUAUCAUUAACAUACCGUUGGGAUCGGCAAUAAGGUGAAUUCUGCUGUUUUAAAACCAAGCCAGCAGGAACAGCAACAGCGCAACUGCAAUAAACGGUAACCUGCAUUAAUGGGUCACUUACCAACCCUCCAUAUAGCGUUAUUUUCAUUGUCUUCACCUGUAUUUAGUUUAGUGAGCGGUCAGUUGGCCUUACCAGCUCUACCAGGGGUGACCUCUUAAGGGCCUGUUUACAUGGAGGUGGGGGACCCCAGAUAGGUGAGUAACAUGAGGCAGGUCACCCCACCUAUCAUGUAAACGCGAUCAAAUUAAAAUGAGAGAUUAUGUGGACAGGCGGGUUACCUACCAGAGCGGGUUACCUCACCUACCUGGGGUCCCCCACCUCCAUGUAAACAGUGAUUUUAGCAAUGAUUUUAUUCUCUAGGCUCAUCAUGCCGAAUGUAAGAAAUUCCCAUUGAACUGUUCUCAAAACUGUGGAGCUGUCAUUCCGAGAGAAAAGGUAUUAAUACUAGAUUUACAGUAUUAAGCGCAUGAAAACAAUAGCCAAAUAACUUAACAAACAAGGCCUUAAGAAAACGUCUGUACCAAAUCAACACCUGCCUUACGAUUCAUUUAUACAGCUUAUGUUAGCUGAAAAAUAAUUAAUUUUUCUUUAUAUUUCGUCCACUUGUUGUAGUGAUUUUUCCGUAAGAUACAUAAUAAAAUAUGCAGAUUAAAAAAAGAAGGUUCCCCGGAGUUUACACUCUUAAAAACGCUGAAUAAUCACUAACGAAACAAAACUUAAUUUGGCUUUUGUCAUGAAUUUAAGGGGAUAAAUAAUUUGAACGUGUGCCGUCUCUUAAAUAAAACAAAUUUUUGAAAAUGAGAGUUUCCUUGAUAAACUCCUACACACGCACAGCUUUAAUUGCAGCAUAUAUCAUUCCUUCCUCCCAGAAUGAGAAGGAGUGAAAAUUAUAAAGAAAGUCGACCAUACAAGUAGAAAAGUGCUUGCAUAGCCUCCUUCGCAGGCAACUCCUUUUGUAACUGUUACACUGAUCUCCGUUCUCUUCCCAUUCUCCCACCGUUCUCUGAAACAGGUUAAAGGGAAAGACGUCGCCUCCCCCUCAGCUAGGCGAGCAAGGCACACGAGAAAAAAAACUGGGUUACUCAAGAGACUUGGCAAAAAAAGCGCCCUUCCCUAGUUUCCCUCCUCAAUUUCUUUUCUCUUCAUUCAUCCUGGGGCUCAGAGUUUAUCUUCGGCUUGUCCUUAACAUGUCGACACAGCCGACAUGUAUGAUGAGAGGGGGAAGAUGAAGGUGGAAAGCAGUGCAACAGGUGCAUUCCCUUCUUCUGCAAACCAUGUUGGCGCUAUACGGCUGACGCGGAUACAUUCUGUUUAAACAGCUAAUUUUCGAGUAAACAGUCUUCAACGGCUGCAAAUUCAAUGUUUGAAGCAAGGACCAGCUUACAAAAAAGAAGGACCGGAUCCUAAUAAAGGAUCUAAUCAGGAAUAAGUGAAAAUAUAAAACAAAAAAAGCAAGGCUGAUUUUACAGUCGGGAAUAUAUAUAAUUAUAUAUUUUACCAAUAUUUUGGAAGGCACGACCUUCCUUCUUCAGGGUCGUACAUAUAAUGAAGAGGCUAGGCUAAGACGUUACAAUUUGAAAUGAAGAAUAGAGUGCAAUAUGAUACUAUAAUAACACAUGAAAAUUUAAAAGGUGAACGUUAACAGUAGGUGAAAACGAGAACCGUUGAAGUAGUGAUUUGAAAGAAAUUUGAAAUGUAAAAAAAGUUAAAAUAAAUGAUUACAAAUAGAAGAAAUAAAGAAUGUAUUACAUUUCAUCUUUCUUAUUCAUACCUAAUGGUUCAAUAGUAUUCCCUCUCUCGAUGAGGUAUACUUCUCUAGCUGUUCGUUUACUGUAUCUAUUAGAUUUAAUGAGCUCUAGUGGGAUAAGUGUGAUGUCGUUAGCAGAGUGAUCAUUAGUAAGUGAUCUGAGGCUGUGGUGGGUUUAGAGAUAUUUGAUGGGUUGUCAACUGGUCUGCGGUGUUCGUUGAAACGGUCUUUGAGUCGUUGUUUGGUUUCACCUAUGUACUGUUUGGAGCAGUGGUUGCAUUGUAUCAUGUUUUUGGAGUUACAGUCAAUGCUAUGAGUGAUAGGUCUGGUUUCGCCUGAAGAGUGGAAUUUGUAUGAAGUUUGUCCGUCAGAUAUGUAUUUACAAGUGAGACAGUUUUUUCCGCAUGGGCAUGAGCCCCGGGGCUGGUUGUGUUGUGUGAAAUUGCGAUCUUUGGCCCUAACUAUAAAAUCGCUGAGGUUACUACUACGUCUAUAAGCUACAAUGGGUGCAGCUUUAUAGACGUUAUAGCAACGGGGGAUGAAAUAAGGAUGUGAAAGUGUUUGUGAAUAAUGGAUGAGAUGGAACGAAGGGAGGGGUUGUAGGUGAUAACGAAGGGAACACAUUCUGUUUUGUCCAGUGUGGGAGUGUCAUGAUGCGUAAAUCAUGGCUUCUGUCCGUGUGAUAUUGUUAACUCGCUGUAUUUCCCCUUUGAAGGAAAUAGCGGUUAUAGCCACGUUUCUAAAGAUAGUAAAUAAGUUCAUUGGUGCCUAGUGUGAAGGUCUUCACACCAUCAACAUCUUCAACGGCUGCACUGAUUCCCAGCUGAGUAGACAAUAUCUCUUUUUUGCAGAUUUCAGCCCACAUUGAAAAGGACUGUCCACUCACAAUAAUUUCCUGUCCGUACUUUGAUCAUAUGGGCUGCGAAGCUAAGGUAAUACUAAGAGAAACAAGUAAGCGUUAACAUUUUUAGUUAAUUAAUAUGACUUGUUCAUUAGUUAUUAAAAUCGAAAUCUUUAAGAGGUUUUUCUGUAAAAUACCAAUGAAAGAAGAAUUCGUGCUUUAAGGAAAUCCGUUCACUGUCUUCACAUAUAAACGAUAGUUUAAGUUUUCGGGUGUUUCCCGAUAUAUACCGUUAAAUCUAGCAAAACAGCGUGUAAAUGACAAGUACUUGCUCAUCAUAAAAACUUGUUAUGUUUAUACUUCAGAUUCAGCGAAGAGAGGUUGAAUCGCAUCUUCAAGCAGCCAUGAGACUUCAUCUUGACUUAGCUUGUGUGAAAUUAGGCGACACACAAAAGAAGUUGGAAGAGACCACAAAAAAGCUUGAGAAAAGGGUCAAUGCUCUAGAAAAACGAUUACAUUAUUUUGAGGAAGGGUGUGAAUCAUUUACGUGGAGGAUAGAUGGGUUUAGUGAGGUCUUAAGAAAAGCAAAAAGUGGAGAGGAAACCAUAUUAGAAAGCUCUCCAUUUUACAGAUAUGGAUAUAAAUGCAAGAUAAAUAUAAAUCCGAAUGGUAUUCACGCUGGAGAAAACACUCACCUGUCAGUAUUUUUGGUAAUAAUGAAAGGUGAAUACGAUGCCACUUUAACCUGGCCUUUUAAUAAAAAGUUCACAUUUACGUUAAUUGAUCAACAAGAAACUGAACACAACAAGGAGAACAUUGUUAUGUCCCUUACUUCAGACCCCAAGCUUAGCAACUAUGCGAGGCCUGUAAAAAAAGAGAACAUUGGGAGGGGCUAUCCUCAGUUUGUAUCCCACGAAGAACUGCAGAAAAGGCGCUACAUUGUAGACGACACUAUUUUUGUUCAGGUUCACAUUACUUCAGUAGGAUACUAA